AAGUCGGUCGGCCUGAUUCCGGAGCACCAGUCUUCAGCUUCUUGGAGUCAGUGUUGCCGGUGAGCUGACAGGUGCAACAGCCGUGUGUUAACAGUUCUUCGGCGGUCCGCGCGAUGCUCGAGUGUCAGUGUAGGGGUUUGAAACCCCGAAAAUUUAUGUGCAAUUUACCCCUCAUUGUAACUUUGGGAGUUACUCUUUUAAGCAACGUAAUAAAUGGAGACGAGAAAAUAGGAUGCAGGUUUCCGGGAGCUCCAGCGCAUUCAUCAGUGGUGUUUUCCGACGAAAAUCUCGGACCUGGGGCAGUGGCGACGUAUUCGUGUGAACGAGGGUUUGAGCUAUUAGGGCCGUCGAGAAGAGUGUGUGAGAAUGGGCAAUGGUUGCCGGAAGGAAUUCCAUUUUGUGUUCUCAACGUGGCUGCUGGGAAGGCUCCCAUGCAGGUGAGCACCGAAGCUGCAGGAAUCCCCCAGAAGGCCAUAGAUGGUAGUACCAGCGCAUUUUUCAGCGGCGACACUUGCACACUUACAAAAUCAGAGCGUACUCCAUGGUGGUACGUUAACCUCUUGGAACCUUACAUGGUCCAAUUGGUGAGACUAGAUUUUGGAAAACCCUGCUGUGGUGCCAACAAACCCGCAACUAUCGUAGUACGAGUGGGCAACAACCGCCCCGACCUUGGCACCAACCCAAUUUGCAACCGCUUUACCGGUUUUCUGGAAGAAGGUCAGCCGCUUUUCCUCCCAUGUAACCCCCCCAUGCCAGGAGCUUUCGUCAGCGUACACCUUGAAGUCCCAGCCCCCAGCCAACUUUCAAUCUGUGAAGCUUUCGUUUACACCGAUCAAGCACUCCCCAUAGAGCGUUGUCCACAAUUCAGGGACCAACCACCAGGAAGUACCGCAACUUAUAACGGAAAAUGCUACAUCUUCUACAACCGUCAGCCGGUGAAAUAUCGAGAUGCUUUAGCAUUUUGUAGGAGUCGCGGUGGUACUUUAGUGGACGAAAGUAACCCUGCGCUACAAGGUUUUAUUAGUUGGGAGUUGUGGAGAAGACACAGGAGUGACGCUAGUGGUCAGUACUGGAUGGGAGCUGUUAGGGAUAAACAAAACGGUGGCUGGCAGUGGCUUAACGGGGAAGAAGUGACGGUGUCGUUCUGGAAUUUACCUGUCGGGAAUGGAGAGUGUGCGAGGUAUGAUGGUACCAAAGGAUGGUUAUGGUCAGAUACUGACUGUAAUAUGCAUCUGAAUUACAUUUGUCAGCAUCAGCCUAAAGCUUGUGGUCGCCCGGAACAACCUCCGAAUUCAACAAUGUUGGCACAAAACUUUAAUGUUGGUACUACUAUUGAGUACAUUUGUGACGAGGGACAUCUUUUAGUCGGUCCUUCAGCAAGAACUUGUUUAGAAACUGGGUUUUACAACGAGUUUCCACCAGUCUGCAAACGAAUUCAGUGUGGCUACCCUGCUGAUAUCACUAAUGGUGAAUAUCUCUUAGUUAAUGAUAGUGUUGGCUACUUAAGUAGAGUGGUCUACACGUGCGACGAAGGCUACGAAAUGAUAGGAAGAGCACAGUUAGCUUGUGAUAUUGAUGAGAGGUGGAAUGGACCUCCACCCAGAUGUGAACCCGUUCAGUGCGAGCCUCCAAGUGACAUCGAAAACGGAAAAUAUGUAUCUUCCACGAACGACACCAUCUUUGGUUCAGUUAUCGACUACACUUGUAAAUUUGGAUACAAACUAAUUGGACCAAAAUCCAUUACUUGUCUAGCUAAUGGACAAUAUGAUGCAAUACCCCCUAAAUGUCAAGCUGAAGACCUGGUCUCUACAACAGCCCCACCAUCAAUCUCCAGAACGCCAUCCCGAACAUCCACAUCACGUCGAACCCGUCCACCACGACCAUCACCCACCACAAUCCACGCUGACACCGAGGUCACCAAACUCUCCAACCGAACCAAAAAACCAACAAGCAAAACCAGCAACAGUCGAACCUCCAGUACCCCAACCCUUCCUCACAUCAUCAUAGCCGGCCAUCCUCAAGAUAACGAGAUAGCCGGCAGUUCCAACAUCCAACACGGUGAAGUUCCCAACGUAAACGUGCCUCUUUCCGUCGACGGCGAAAGAAGGGAGACCUUCGGAGCAAAACUCAACCUGGGAGCGAUAAUAGCUCUCGGGGCUUUCGGAGGGUUCGUUUUUCUCGCUGCCAUCAUCACGACUAUAGUUAUUUUAGUGCGAAGGAAUCGAAGUGCCAAACAUUACCGUCAUCGUGCCUCUCCAGACUGCAACACAGUAGCCUCUUUCGACUCUUCUAGUUCAGAAUCAAGGAAUGGACUAAACCGUUACUACAGACAGGCCUGGGAGAAUCUUCACGAAUCUGCAGGUAGCAAAGCGGGUCUCAAAACGGCCGCCAAUUCCAAUCAUUCGCCACUGAAACGGAAAGAAACCCUAGACGAACCUUACCGAAACGGUGAACGCCACAGAGACGGUUCCGAAAUGGUCGUUUCUGAGACUUUCAACGGGAAUAAAUCUUCAGAAAAGAAAAGGCACCAUCACCAUCACCACCACCACGAUGGGAGGCAACAGGCAAAGGACGGCAGGGAAUGGCGCGAUCCGAAGCCGCCUCUCCAUCGAGAUCACAAAAGAUACUGACAACCCUGUAUGAUUAUAACAGUACAACUGGAACAAUAGGAAAUUUUAAAUUAUUUAUUUAUUUCUUUGUGAAGCUGCGACUUUGAUCUGUCUAUGAUCCGACAUGAUUUUUGUUCUAAAUCUGUCGAUACCAAAUAUUUCUUCAGGGUUCGGAGCCAGAAAAUCGUGUCGGAUGGGCUAUUUUGGAGGUUUUUUGACCCUAGGUGGGUCAUUUGAUCUGUAAAAUUUUUCUUUUUUAGAGAUGUAUAUAAUUAUGGCAAGAAGGAGCUCACGAGGAUGACGGUUGAAUUCCUUGGCCUUACUUUACCGCUUAAAUUGUUUUAGGUUAUUUGACUAUUCUAAAAUUGAAAGUAAGGCUAAUGCGAUUCACAGUACAAAGUGAAGAACAAUGGAUGACUGAUAAUAUUCUAAUCUGUGUAUAAAUGUAUUUUCCCUGAUUUCUGAUUUUAAAUUUAGUUUAAGAUAAUUUAUUAGGGAAGGUAACCACUUAUUAGUGCCAUUGGAUUAGGCAUCUAAAAUUCUAUCCAAAAAUUAUACCUACUAUUUGGUCGUGCGUGUAUUUUAUGCAUCAUAACCCAAAAAACUAGCAAUAAGUGUAAGUUUAGUGAUUAAUUUGUAUGUAAGAUAUACGUAAGUAAAUAUAUACUGUAAUAUAAAGAGAUUAAAAUAUACGGCAUAUUUA